CUUGAAAAAGAAGUUUCUGGGCCUUCUACCUCUUGCUGUAGCAGAAAGAUGUGACACUUCUGUUGUUUUGAUUCUGAUUGCUUUGGAUUUCUUUAGAUUUCAAGAUGUCUUGAACUCUUCACGUGGCUUAAGUUACUUUCAUCUUGAUAUUUUAUUUCAAUUUGUGGAGUGUGAGCAAAUUUGUGGGUGCAAAACUUUUAGGUUAAAAAACACUUCAAUUGAAGAUGUCAUGGUUGACAGAUUUGGCAGGGAAAGCAGAAAACCUGCUGAACAAAAUAGACCAGAAUGCUGCUGUUGUCUUGAAGGAUACAACCCUUAUUAAUGAACAGUUACAAGAUGUCAUCUGGAAAUCCAAACCUACAGGGUGGAAACAGGAAGGCGAUGAAGUUUCUUCAUCAUACAAUCAAAUGCAAAUUUCUUCACCACCUCGUUCUGCACCCAGUGGGUCAGCUUCACCUGCCAGGAAACCAUCACCAAACCGAUCUGAAAUAACUUUUCAAAAGAAAAAUUAUGAGGAUGAUUUGUUAUCUUUUCUAAACAGUUCUGAUACUAUAUUGGUAAAUAACUUUGAGAAAGAAAUUACAGGAUAGUUUC